AUUAUUUUUAUAUAGGUUGGAACCUAAUUCUGUUUUUAUACUCUAUUAAUUUAGUGAAAUUAUGGUUAAAAUCGUGUAAACGUUGAGCUUGAAAUGCAUAUAACAUCUUUAAUGCGUAAUGUUCUUUACAAAGCAUCUUUUAGAGUGAUGAGUAAACCUAUAAUGACAACUCCGAGAAAUCUACAGGAAGUCCUAGAUGAUUUAAAGGGAAAUCCGUUUUAUGAUAAAUAUGCUCAAAAAAUCGCAAAAUUACAUAAGGAAGAUCCAAAUGAGUUAAAGGUACGCUUGGAAAAUGCCAAUAAGAAUAAAAAAAAGAAAGCGGACCCUAUUGAACAACCCAAUCGACAAUACUCUCAAUUGUUACAACCUAAAGAAAAGUUGUUAGAACCUACGCUAUUGAAACAAGAAAAAUUGGAUAGUAUAAUGAAAACGGAUUUAAUAGAAACCAAAAACAGUGAAGAAAUAAAAUAUAUUUGGGAAGAAUACCAUAGGAAAAAAGAGCAUUGCAUUGCAGCAACAAUACCAUCGGAAGAUUAUAUAAAACUAAAUGAAAAUGCUGCAAAAUAUCCUACUUUUUUAUUUGCUCUGCCUCGUUCCCAAGGUUAUGAAUUUAUUAUGUGUCAAUUUGCACAGAAUACUGUUCACUUCACGCCUCUAUUAUAUUAUCAAGUUCAUAAAGCAGAUGCCCCUGAGUGUUUAACUAUCACUCAUUAUGAUGAAUAUAAGGAUACUAAAGGACUAGUUUUAAUGAGAGGAGAGUAUGAUAAAAAUAUUAUCAAUGCACAGGAGGCACAAUGUCUGGCAAAUCAAAUUCAAAUGUAUUAUGUACAACACGACCCUGAAAAGAAAAAAUUGCUAGAGGUGUUUACUAAAGAGCCAGAUAAGUUCAAGCAUACUGAUCUGAUUAAACAGAUUGAGAACUUGUCAAUUUCAUAGAAAAAUUGAAAAUAUGUUAAUGUAAACUUGUACAUAGAAAUGCUAAUAAAAGUCUUGCAAAUUA